AUGCCUCACCUCGCCCAACUCCUGGAGUACAUGCCGAACAUCUUCAACCACCAACACCGCCUUUUCGCCUACAUGAUCUACAUCUGGCUCAAGAAGGAUUCCCACCUUCACGACUUCAUCUGGAGGAUCACUCGAAGCGGCGACAGAGCGGCGCUGGGGUUGGAUCCGACGGCAACCUUGAAAUCGCUCAUUGUGCAGGCGACCAAGGCCGACUAUCCCGUCUAUAAGCUCGUCGUCACCCCCGCCGGUCACUACUCCGAUACGAUGCCGUACUGCGAUACAGACCAGCCAGCGAGUAACCUGGAAGAGCCACGCCAGUUCUUGGUCGGUGCACCGAUGUCCACGUCGAACGAUAUCACGGGGAGGGCGACGAAGACGCACUUGGCUCAAGACGUUAAAACAGGCCGGCUGGUCAUAGUCAAGACGUCGUGGCGGCCGCUCGUACCUGGGCGCACUCGGCCAGAGCAUUCUGUCUACCUGCAUCUUCGCGACCUCGAGGACGAGAACAUCUCUGGGGCAUUCCAACCCUGGUGUGCGGUGGCGAUGUGGGCGGCUCGCUCGCUCAAAAGACCAUCGUUCAGGACUAUCUUCGGACGGCCCAUUCGGACGGUGGUGAUUGGGUGCCGGCUCCACGACUUCAACGAGCUUUCCGUAGUGAUGGCGAACGCGAUCAUGAGACCGGACAGGUCCUUCAUCGGGAUAUCAGCGUAG